UACACUGACUCAGUAGUAUCUCAGCAGUCAGUCAGACGCACAAGCAAUAGAGGUCCUCAGCGAGCAUCGUUAAUCUCAGCCGUCUGCUUGCUUCGCAUCCCUGAUAUGACCCUGUUCAGCCCAAGAUACAUGAGCAUGAAUGGAGAACUCAAGUCAAGUCGCUCCAGGGCACCGAACAAACGGUCCAGCAACAGCACUUACGGCACUGAGCUGGACCUGGACUAUGACAGCUACGAUGACUACUAUGACAGGGCGUAUGACUACCAGCGUGUCCCAGCAUCCAUGUCUCCUCUGCCCUCAAUGGGACCCAGCCUGUCCAAACGCUCCCGCUCUUCCUCCUACUCGUCCUCAAAGCAUAGACGCAGUCGAGACAGAACCCACUCCAAAAGUUCCAGAGCCCAGUCUACUAGUUCCUCCACAUCUAAGUUGGGCAUGGAGGAGUUGCAGGUGAUUAAAAAGGAGCUGACUCUGAUAAAGACACAAAUCGAUGGACUGCUUGACAGCCUUGACAGGAUGGACACACACAAGACUGACCACAAAGGUUCCCCUUUACGGGAGGAAAGUCCAGCUUGCUCAAUGUAUGCCAGCAGUCCAGAACAUUCCCUCUCAUCCCUCUCCCCACCCAGCUCCCGCCAUCGAAUCCACAGGGAGAGCUCUGUCCAAAGGGGACCUGAUGACGAGCAUCACAUGAUGAGCAAUCACAACUUGGGCCCUGAAGAGGAAAUAUGAGGCUUGAGGAAGACAGCGUGACAAAAAUGAAGUGCCAAAUGUUGAGGAGGAAGAAGAGCAAACUAUCAAGCCAACAUCUUUAUUCUAAGCUCCACUGGGAGUGCACAUAUCAAAUGAAAAUGUAAAAUUGACUACCGUUGGGGUUCUGUAUCUGCAUUUUUUGUGAGGAAAAACCUGAACGCAAAUUAAAAUAUACACCAAGUAUUCAUACUUAGACCAGCAGGAAGGAGUUCAAUCUUAUUCCCCGAGUAGCAGUGAAGGACAUCUGGAGGCAGAAUCCUGCGUCCGUAUGCAUUCCUAUUGUACUGUACCUGUGUAUUUGCAUGAACACAAAGGCUCCAGCAAUAAUCCAGAUAUUGCCGUGUUUAGGAGGUUAAUCCAAAUGACAAAUUGGGCUCCCCUGAUCAGAGCAUUGUGCAAACUGAUAGUCAUUUCUGUUCAUCACAGAGUUGAAUGUGACAUGUGAUGAUGAGAUCGUACAUAGUUAUUUAUGUAUUGCUAAAAGUGCAAGACUGUUUCUGCUGCCUAAUCUGUUUUACUCGAGCAAAAAAAAAAUGGUUUAAAAGGGUUACACUUUUACAGUUUUAACAGAAUGAGGGAUACUGAAUAAGCACAGGCUGUUGAAAAUCAUGUGUAAACCUCACUAACAGUACAUCUUAGUAUUUUCAGAAUGCAGUAUGAAUGUACAGUUUACAUGGGAAUCAAUUCUAUCACUUCAUACAUUGAAGCUAUCAGACAUACUGUACUAUUAUCAAUAUUGGUCAGUUACUCUGCAUUUGACCGAGACAGAGAGAGAGAGAGAAAGAGAGAAGUUGUAUCAUUCUGUAUGUGUUAGUAUGCCAUUAUAGUACCGGUACUUAGAAUGAAUAAGAAUGCUGCAACUCUCUUCCACCAUGAUGUUGGCACUAAGCUGUGCAGAAACCCGGGUCGGUGUGUAAUAUUGUGCAUUAUUGUAAACUUAACUGUAAGUGGUCAGCUGUCUAAUUUCACUUUUUUCAAAAGAAACCUACAAAUCAAUGUUAAGUCAUUUUGGUGUUUCAUGUUUUUGUUGGCAUUCUUGAAAUGACCCAAGUGGAAAUACUCAUUGUCACUAGUAAAGGUAUUUUCAUACUGACUACA